CUUGACGAGCAGGAAAAUUUGGGGGAAGAUUGAGGGCAGGAAUGUGAGAAAAGCUCCGAAGAAAGUAUGUUUUCGUUGCUAAUGAAGAAAAUAAAGAAAAUAUUCUAAAACUUCCUCAUGUCCCUAAACUUUUCAUGUUUUGAUAAUUAAAAUUUCUUAAAUAUUAGAUUCCUUUUCAAUAUCCUAAAUGGACUCCUAACACAACUUCCUAAUUUUACUUUCUUUAUAAUAAAAACUUUAAAUCCAAUUGAAUUGUUUAAUGCCAUGUUUGAUUUGAGGAAAAGUAUUGAGUUUUGAAGUGCUAAAUUAGUGUUUAGAUUUUAAAAUAUGAAAAUGAUAUUUUAAUAUUUUGUUUUAGAUAUAUGACUCAUUUUAAAAAUAAUAUCUAUGUUCUUUGUGGUUUAUGCUUUGUACAAAUACUUCUAAACCUUCUGGCUUUUGAAUAUUUGUGUUGUGUGUGAUUGACAACUCAAAGAAGUUUGAAGCCCCAUGCACAAACUACUCGAAAAAGCUCAGAUGUCUAUUGACCUCCUGCGCAAGCUACUUGAGCAAGCUCAAACAAAUAGAUUACCUACAGAUGAUAGGAGUCUCACAAAAGAUCCUAGACAACAGCUGGAGAACAAAACUGACAAGCAGAAUGGAAAGGAUCCUAACAUAUACAUGUCACCAUUGUUAGUUGCAGCAAGACAUGGUACCACAGAAAUGGUGGAGAAAAUCCUUCAAAUUCAACCGGCAGCCAUUCUGGAAGUGGACCCAGCAAAUAAGAACAUAUUUCUAUUGGCAGCGGAGCAUAAACGUUUCGAAGUACUCGAGCUCUUACGGGAGAAGUUCAGUAAUAUGAAGAGUGCAUUUCGUGCAGUGGACAAUAUGGGGUAUAAUGCAUUGCAUGCUGCUGCCAAUUAUAGGCCUGGGCGUUGGAUUGGCAUUCCGGACGGUUUGCAAAUGCAAGUGGAAACGAUUCUAUUUGAGACCGUGAAGAAGUCAGUGCCAGAAUAUAUCUUAGGUGGCUCCAAUAAUGAGAAAAUGACCCCAAAGGAGGUAUUCGACCACACACACGCAAAGCUCGUAGAAACAUGCAGGAAAUGGCUUAAGGACAUCUCCAACCAAUGCUCUGGCCUAGCGGGAAUCAUUGCAUCCGUUACCUUUGCUACAUCAACUUCUAUACCUGGCGGUGUCACCGAAAAGGACAGACCUAAACUUGAAAACCAGCUAGGGUUUACAAUCUUUGCAGUUUCAUCACUCAUUGCUCUUUCCUCCUCAGUGACCUCGGCCGUGGUGUUUCUCACCAUUGCCAACUCCAGGCAUGAAACGGGACAUUUCGCUAGGAAAGUGCCAAGGAUGUUUUUCUUUGGCUUCUUCACUCUCUUCAUAUCAAUAGCGGCAACGUUGAUAUCCUUCUGUGGGGCGCACAUCUAUAUCCUUGGAUAUAAACUGAAGUAUGCUGCAAUUCCACUCUAUGCACUCGUAGUCCUGCCAACAAGAGUCUUUUCUCUGGCGCAGUUUCGUAAGUCCUGCCUCCAACUUGCAUUGGCCACCUUCGAGAUGAACGUUGACGGCAGUGGCUGA